AUGGGAGUUUAUUAUUCUUUAAAUAAAGAAAAUGGUUGUAUUCAUAAUAAGAUUUUAAAAGGGAAAAUUAUUUCAAAUAUUCAUAUAAACAAACGUAAACGUUCUGGAUCACGGAAAUAUUCACAUAAAUCAAAUUCAUAUAUAAUUAAAGUGAUCAAUAUUACUGCUAAUAAUAAAAAUAUCUUAAACCAUAUGAAUACAAGUUCAGAAAGUAAAUCUAUAGAUAAAUCACAAAUUACUUUUAUUUCUUCAAUGAAUUCAAGAGGAUGUAUUUCACCUACUUUACCUAGACGAAAGUCACCAACACAUAUACAUGCCAAAAUUUUUAAUAGUUGUGUUCCGCUAUCUGGUUUACGUCGAUCAUUAUCUCUUCCAAAACAGAACAGUUUAUCAAAUAAGAACCAUUCUCCUGAAUCAAGAUUAGGAAUACCAGGAUCGAAAUGUUUGUCAAGAAACAAUUCAAAGUGUUCAGCAGCAGAGGGAAAUGUUUCACCGAUUGGUGUUGAACUUUCACUUCCUUCUGGUGGUUGUUCUAAAGACCUGUUGAUGAAGUGGAAGAGUGGUAAGCAUGGCCAGUCGUCUCGUGAUAAACGCGAUAAAGAGUUUGACUAUGGUCAAGAUAAUCUUGUAUUCGAGAACUGCUUAGAUUGUAUCGAUGAUCAAACGACAAAUACAACCAUUCUUUCCAGUGAUUACACGUCUUCUAUGGAUGACUGUUCCUCUAUUUUUUAUGAUCCUAUAUUGGCUAAACUUGAAGCAGAAUUACCUGUUCCACCGCCUCCUCCACGUGCUUGCCCACCUUGGCUUAAAGCUGCUCUUGCAAAACAAGAAGCUUUAGGCAAAGAACCAAUACAAAAAUUUGAUUUUAAAGAUAGAUGUUGCGUAUCAUCCUCGUUGCAAUUACCCACAUCUCAGUUAUCCCCUCUUCCAUCUGACUUGGAUCAACAUAAAGCUUUAAGCCUUGGAAAUAGCCGUUUUAAUGUUCGCAUUUAUCCAAUUAUACAAAAUGGAGUAAAAAUAAGUGAUACACACUACUGGCUUCUCGAUCCCCCUCGAUCCAAAACGUUACGCGAUAAUUCUACACUUAUGCGUAGAACAACUGAAUGUUUUCGUGUUCCUCCAUCUUCACCACUGGACAUUUAUUCUACAAUUGACGGUUAUACAAACAUUGAAUCCACCAGUUUAUGUCCUCCAAACGAGUUACCACUCAAAGAUGUUAAACUGAGACGUGGUAAAUCUGAAAAUUGUAAAGAUUCUUUGAAAAAUUUCCAUAGAGAAUUAGUUUUACGUUUGAUGAAAGAAGUUCCACAAGCUACUGAGUCUGAAUGCCAAGCUGUACUAAUAGGCAGCAGUUAUGAUUAUGAAGAAGCUACUAGGAGGUUAAAAUUUGAAUUACUAUGCCGUAAAGGUUAUGUAUCUCGAUCACAUAGUAAACGUUUGUUACAUAAAUAUAAUUGGGAUUUAGAUGCAGCUAUCUCACGAGCUCAUUAUGAAUAUGAAUUUCGAAAAUUAAAACGUCAAGAAAAAGAACAAAUACUAUUUGAUGAUAUAGAUCAAUUAUCAUAUUUUAAUCAAACUAAAGGUUGUAAUAAAUAUUUAACACAUUCAUCAACUUCAUCAGAUUCUUCUUUAUCAAAUUUACCAUGUUCUGUUAAUCAUCAAUCAGUUAUUUCACCAUGGUAUGAUGAAGGUCGAAGAAGUAAUCUAUUUUAAUUGAAUAUUUUCAACUCUGAGAUACAAUGGUAUAGAUUAUUUUAACUUGACAAUUAUUCUGUAUUAAAAGAGUUUAUAUUUGAGAAUAUACAUACGGAUACAUAUAUAUAUACAUCAAUCAUAAUCAUUUCAGAUUAAAAAAAGAAUUAUAAAUAAUGACUUUUCUGUUACCAAAGGUAAAUCAAAUUUUUAUUUAUUUAUUUACAGUUUUCAUUUAUUUAUUCUGUAUCGAUCGAUAAAUUUGUUUCCCCCCUCUCUCUCUCGUGUUACCGGUGUGUUCAUAUGUAUGGAUUGUUUAUAACAGAAGUGUCUUAAAUUAUUCGAUUGUUUGUUGUGUUUGUUUAUUUGGAGACAAGGUGGUUUGAUUGAGGUUCUUAUUAAAUUUACUUACCUUUGCAUAUAUAUUUAAGCAUUUACAAAAUGAUCAAUACGAAAAGGAAAAAAAAAUGUACUUUUCAAAGAUAAUUUAUCUGUAUCAGUGACUCGGUUUAUGAAAAAGAACAAGUGUGCUGUAAGGUGAAUUUUCUUUAUUGUAUACGUUAUUCAGAAUGAGCACACAUACAUACAAAUACAUACAUACAUACACAUAUAUAUCCUCUAAUUGUACAUAAACCCAAACACAAUACUUAUUUAUAUUGGUAAAUUAAUAAGAAAUAAUAAUAAUACUAAUAAUCUAUUAAUAAGAAGUCUAGUCAGUUAGUAUAUUUCUUCUCUUCACAAAGUGAAUUCGUUUUAUGUCUUCUUCUUCUUCUUCUUCACUUUCUAUUCUCUUAAGUUAUUUACUUCUCAUAAUUUAAUCUAUCAUACAAUCAGUACUUUGUAAGAUUACAUUGAAUUAUUAUACUUUGUACAAUUAACUUUUCUGUAUGCUGGCAUGCAAUAAUUGAUCAUAAUAAUAAUAAUAUUAUUAUUAUUACUUUAUAUUGCUUAUUACUCUUUUACUGUUACUACAACUUUUGAUUGUCCAAGUUACAUCAUCAUUAUCAUCGUUAUAAACAUCAUCAUCAUCAUCAUUGUUAUCAUCAUUUAAAUGAGUUUUCUCCUGAUCUCUCUCUUUUUUUCUUUUUUUUUCUUCUAAACAUUGAUAUUACUUAUUUUCAUUGAAUGUCAUGAUACAUAAUUAGUGGAUUAUAUUGUAAAAGUUUUUGUAUAUGCGUUUGUACAUGUACAUGGAUAUAUAUAUACAUAUAUAGAUAUAUAUUUGUGUGUAUGUAUGUGGCCUUAAUCCAUGUUGGUAUAUGUAAGAUAAACAUUAAGUUAUCUACUCGUUCAUUUGUGAAAGAAUCAAAAAAUCACAAAAACAAACCUUGUAUAUUAUUGAUUUUUUGUUGUUGUUUUUUUUCUUGUUUUCGUUAGUGAAAUGUAGAAGCGGAGAAAAAAUGUUGUUUACUUGCCUUGGCAAAUAUUCUCAUUUUUUCGUAUCGUAGAAGAAUAGGAACGAAAAAAAAAUAAUUCUCAGAAGAGGGUUUUGUGGAGAUUUUAGUGAUUUAAUAGUUGAAUUCAUGAGUCCAUUAAAGCUAGACUACCAUGGAAAACCUUGAGGCACUAGACGGCUGUUUCAUCCUAGUAUGGAUUGAUUGAAGUCAGAUAUUAACACCGUUGAAUGCCGAUUCCGUGGUCAAGAGGUUAAGCGUUUGCACACGAAACCGAUAGGUCCUGGGUUUGAAUCUUGCGGGGCGAAAUCGUGGAUGCGCACUGCUGAGGUAUCUCACAAUAGGGCGAAGUGGCCAUCCAAUGCUUCUAGCAUUGAUCCAUUCAUGAUUUCAAUCAAAAUAAAGUCGAUCAAAAAGCAACAAUUACUGAAAAUCUGAAAACUUCUUGAUUAAUAUUUAUUUCAUUUACUCGAGUUCCAUAGAAAAUGAACUACAAAUCCAUCGAAACAUGAUGGAGUUAUUAUAAUUUUAAGCAACAAAGAAGUUCAUCAUAAUUAUUUUCACUUUAUUCCAAAACCACUUCUGAAAAAUAAUCUAAGAUCAACAAAUUUAAUGAGAGAUAGUGGAUGAGUUUUUUAAAUUAUCUCCUAAUAACAUUUUAUUUAUUUAUUUUAACACAGAUAUUGGUACAAGGAGGCACCAAAUACAUAUGCGCCACACAGAUCUCAUUUGAUAUGUAUGAGGGCUGUGAUACUGCCCCGGGUGCCCAAACUGAAGCAAGUGGUUUUCUUGGGGAGCCACACCCGGAGCCUUCGACCUGAAGGUCUGAUCCACAAAGCAGUGGAGCAACGUAAGGAAAUGCAGUCCCAUGGUAGCCGCUGACCAACGAUAGGUUCAUACGCCAUUUGUUCCUUCAGGAUACUAGAACUCAUGUGCACCAUUGGGUUUGGAAUCAGGGUUUUCUAACCCCUCGGCGGACUCCCCGUGUCCACCAACCCGGUUAUAGCGCCGGACGUUCGCUUUUCAUCCUCUCAAUUUCGUAAACAACACCCCCGCCACGAGAAGGCAGUGAGUAGGACUUUCCUAGCAGAGGCUAUAUACGCGUGGCCAUGUGAGAGCAUUUGGAGAGGGAGAUCGGACUCUCCCGACUUUCGGCCGUACCAGAGCAUUUUGGGGGCAAACUGUAUAGUGGAUCAGAACAAAGAGUGAAAAACUUGUAGAAAUUGUUGAUUUGCUGGUACGGUUUAUCUUUUUUUAUUUUCAUGUAUACAUGUACUUGUGUGGCUACAGCUGUGAACAAUUUAGAUGUAUGAAAAUUACUAAUAUGAUUCAGUGGAUAGGAGAAACUAAUGGAAAAUUUUUUCGACAUUAUGGAGUACCUGAGAAGGUCGUCAACAUCAAACGGAAUUCAUACGACAGACUACAAUGCAAAGUCGUGCAUAUAGGAUAACUGACAGACGCAUUCCGAGUGAGGAUCGGAGAAAGACAAGGCUGUCUACUCUCCCCCUCUUUCUUCUGAUGGUUGACUGGAUUACGAAGACCUACACAUCUGACGGGAAGCACGGAGUACAAUGGACAGCUUGGAAUUAACUAGAUGAUUUGGACUUUGCAGAUGACCUAACCCUUCUAUCCUAUGCACACGAACAAAUGCAGAUGCACAUAACUAGUGUAGUUACAGCCUCUGCAUUACUAGGCCUCAACAUACACGAAGGGAAAAGCAAAAUCCUUAAAUACAACACGAAGAACAUCAACCCACUGACACGAUGUAGAAGCUCUGGAAGAGGUGGAAACUUUCACAUACCUGGGAAGCAUCAUCGAUGAACAACGAGGAUCGGAUGCUGACGUAAAGGCAAGGAUUAACAAAGCAAGGACAGCAUUCCUACAACUGGAGAACAUAUGGAACUCAAAACAACUCUCAAUCAAUAUCACUGUCAGAAUCUUCAAUACAAACGUCAAGACAGUCCUACUGUACGGAGCUGAAACUUGGAGAACUACUACAACUAUUAUCAAAAAGUUACAUGUAUUUAUGAUCAAUUGUCUACGAAAGAUACUCAAUAUCCGUUGGUGGGAUACCAUCGACAACAAGGUACUGUGAGAGAGAACAAACCAGCAUUUAGAUGAAGAGGAAAUUGGGAAAAGACGAUGGAGGUGGAUAGGUGAUACAUUACGGAAAUCACCAAACUGCACCACGAGGUAGUCACUAAUUUGUAAUGGUAAAGGGAAGCGGAGAAGAGGAAGACCAAAGAACACACUGGUUAUACUAGUAUCGUUUAGUAGUACCUAUCAGUAGAAUUCCAAGCAUUCCUUUGUAUUAUUUGACGCUAAUUAGUUUGAUACAUUUGAGAUACCCCGUUGAUAUCUUAUAUCCUGAAAACUGGACUCUACAAACUGUACUUCAAACAUCAAAUUCAGUCAAUUAUUAGUGACGUACAGCCUUGAAAAGAGGUGUAAUGGCCCAAGUCCCCAUACGAUUUCGGGAUGACCAAAAAAAUUAACAGGAAACAUUCCAAAAGCUAUCAAAGUAAUAUGAUAAUAAUGAUAUUGAGAAAGACUGAACAUCGGGAAUAUAGUUUUAAAAAAACAGAAUGGGAAAGCAUACAUCUAGGAAUACUGGGACUUAACAUCUAGUAAAGGAUAAAGAAUGAAAACAUUUGUACCACUAUGAGUGAUUCCGACCAACACCACCCAAAGUCUCCGGUCAUUGAUUGCUGUUAUCGCGUAAAACUAAACCAGCAUGGCUCAGACCAAUAGUUAGUGACUUCAUGAACUGAUACCACGUUUUGAUUUGGGUACUAUUAGCUUUCUUCGCACCAACUCCUACACCGGAAAAUAUUACAUUUUGAGGUGGGUAGUGGUUAGAUAUGUGUAACACAUCCUGAUCACCUCAGUUGAUGAAAAUUUAAAACCGCACCAACAGAUUUCCCACCUUUACCUAAUAUAUUAUGUCUAACGUCGAUAUUGGCCACUCGGUUUUUCCACGAAAGGCGAGUUGUGCUGUAAAGAUACUUAUGAUCAAGAUCAUGUAGCCUACUUACGUCUUUUGAUUUCAGAUUACAUACUUAACGGCUGUAAAGUAAAACAAAGCUUUCUGAAUCCAUUUCGAUGCUUUAUCAAAAGCCAACAUUAAAUUGCUAUUAUUCAAUAAGUUCAAUAGUAACAGGGAAUUAUAACUAGAUGCGAGGUGUCUUGUGUCAAUUGUUGGAUUUGGUGGUUUAAAUUACAAAGUUGUCUUGUUUAAGAGAACACUGAAUACGAGGAAUUAUUUCUUAAACAUAACCUAAGUCAUCUAAUUGGAUAUAUACGUCAAUUUUUUAAACAUAUGUAAUACAGUGGCAAAGCGAAAAAUAAGUAGAGACUCAGCUAAACAUGACACUUAAAAAACUGAAUAAUCACAGAAUACGACUUUAAGAAGUGGUAUUUUCAAAGGAGAACUCUUCUUUGUCAUUAGCCAUCAAAGAUAGACUUUUUCAUGUUUGUUAUGAACCUUUCAGUGGAGUAUACAUUCAGUAAUCCUAUAGCUAAAUCUAUUGAGUAUGAGCUCAACAGUUAUUGAUUUCUAAUCUCGGUUGUAAUACAGACUAACUGUCAUUCAAAAACUCAAUCAUAGGUGCUUUUUAGUGUCUUCUUCCAAAACAUGUUUCAUAAAUUCCGACUGAAGUAUAUUUCUCAUAGAACGGUUUCCCAUCGAGUACUUAGGAGUGAUGGAUAGUUACUUUAUCUUAGUAUAUGACCCCACAAUCGAUGCUCACAAUUCCAUCAUGGAUCUAAUCAAGGACCUGACUAGUGAAGAUCACGUACAUAUGGAGUGAAACGGUUGUCACAAAUACCACUGAUUAAUCGUCAAGCUACAUCGUGAUUUAUAGGCAGAUAUGGAUGGUGGCUAGCAGUGGAAUCCAGGAAACGCGUUUCGUCCAACUUGGGACUCGUCAACUGGAUGUACUUGCAUUCCAGAUUUGAUGGGAGAUUCAAACGACUAAUACGAAAAUGAACUACAUCGUGAACUGUUUAGAGUUGGAAAUUUGUAGAGGCCAACCCUAUCAUUCUAACGAUUAAGCAAUCACUAUAUGGCCUGAAAGUUCUAAUAUAAUCAGAAAACCUCCAAUUAAAAUAGGUAGGAAUUAAUUACAAAAAUAAACUAUGAUAUUGUUAUAUCUUCACAUUGACAAUUCAUAUAUUGGGAUUCCCGGUUAGCCUAUAGUAAAUUACCUUUCGAAUAAUUGAAGAUCUUUCUAAUGCGAUGCAACUAUGGGAACCCGAAUAGACCACACGUCCAUCACACAACAACACUUCAGCGUUAAUAAUCCACAGGCUAACAGAGUUGGGUAGACUUAUAGGGUAAAUUUAUAUUCGAUUUCGGCCUUAGAGAACGUAACAAACUUAACAGACUAAAAGCGAUGGCAACCAAUCAGGAACUAAGAAGUAGGAAAAUGUCAUCUAGAUUACUUUUUAGAAAGAACACUAAAUUGUCUGAACUUUUCGCAGCAAAUAUCUAGUUAAAUUCAAAUAAACCACUAAUCAUAGUUGUAACUGUAUUUAUUUUUCUAGCCAAAUACACAUUAGAUUAUUUUACCAAGACAGUCUACUAAUACAAUAACAUUUUGCUAAUUAUGAAUUCAUUAAAAAUCGACCAAAAAUCAACUUAUAGACUAUUCCAUAUGAGAUAUUUUCAUUACUGUAACAAUAUAUUCAUAAACUGUAUCAGGUACCUAGUAAUAUUGUUUGUUUCAAUGAUUAAUUAUAUUAAUUUUAAUAGUUGAGAUAAUAAGUUAAUUGAAGCUAGACCAUCAUGGAAAACCUGGAAGCAUUGGACUGCCGUUUCGUCCUAUUAUGGGACUCCUCAGUAGUGCAUAUUCACGAUCCCACCUUACGAAAUUCAAACCCAGGACCUACCGGUUUCGUGAGCGAACGCUUAACCCCUUCUGAUACUAAUUAAUUAUAUAUUAAAAACAGAAGAAGAUUGACAGUGUAGUCUAUAAAUUUUUAAAAAAAGAUGUGUAAAUUUCUAUAAUUUUGAAAGUGUAACAUUCCAAUACUUCGUUAAGGAUUAAAAUAUUUUAAUCAGUAAGCACAUUUAACCUAAAUACAUGAUGAGCAUAUGUAACACAAUUUACCUUUUAUGUGAUCUAAAAAUAACCAUCAUAUUCUACUGAACAGUUAUGAUGACAUAAGAAUCUAUCUUAUUCUAAGUAACUCAGUAAUAAUCUUCUUACCUGUUAACUUGAAAGUGAAUUGAUGAUGAUCAAUUUUCAGUCAUCAGGUUUUUAAGUCUCAACUUUUCACCAAUUUCAAUAUGGAAAACUGAACAAUAUAAUUAACCUACGCAUAAAUAAAACUCCACCUGGGGCUACUGCCAGUCCCAAGCCUGUACUUGAUAACUGAGUAAAAUGUAAAGUUUAAGUAUCACUUAAAGUUUUAUUACAAUCAUGAAUCGUUAUAAUUUCAAUUGUACAGCUCUAAUUACACCACAACUAAAUUUGUAAAUUAAAUAUAUUUUGAAUGAAGAUAUAUAAAAUUGACUGUCAGCUUAUGUCUAGAUUGGAUGUUUUAAUAUUUCAGUAAUGAAUUAUUUGGUAAAAAAAAGGAAACUAACCGAAGUAACGAGAAAUCAGUGUAAAGGCGAACUAUUAACCGCUAACGUGUUUAAACUUAGAUGAUGUCAUAUUUCAUAUCGCAGCUUUUAAAGUGACCUCUUUAUCCAUGAAUCAAUUAUACAGUUAAAACGUUUUAUUCAACCAAUAAACAUUGAUAGAAGCAUUUUAACAGUUCCAUGAAAGACUAAUAAAACUUGAGUAAAACGUUUCAUCGUAUAGGUACAGCUCUUUUCAUAGUGUGACAUGGCUAAACUCCUCAGGUAACAAAUAUAGGUGUGUAUAUCUUCUGUAUUGAUGUAUAUCUUCUUCAUGUUGUCAAAAUAUGCAACAGUCUUUCCUUUGAAAUGAAAUGGUCAACUGAUUUUACAGUACAAGAAAUUACCACUAUGUUGUGUUAAGCUGUGACUGGGGAGGGGGCUUCUGCCGGUCACAAGCCCGGAUAAAGGAGGAGGUUUGGGUAUAGAGUUAGCAACCACAUACCGUACAAAACUAACUCGCUAAGUAAACGCUGACCAGAAAAACUUAUUCAGACAUUUUAAACUCUGCCCUGUGAAUCAGAAGGUCUUCGUUUAGAAGAGUUAUGACGCCUCAUCACGAAAGCCGACUUCUUUCGGAAGUCACGAGGCUGAUGCCUCUUCUGACAACCAGAGCAACCAUUAAUUGAGGUACAUAUGGGAGAGUCUUCCAAAUCGCUGCAGAAAUGAGGAGAUGCAACCUAGAGGUGCUUGGGAUCAGUGAAAAACAUUGGACGCAAGUCGGACAACAACAACUAACUUCAGGAGAGCUUCUGUUAUACUCCGGCCAUGAAGAAGAAAAUGCCCCAACCAAGGUCAGGAUUUUCAAUACAAAUAUCAAGACAGUUCUACUGUAUGGGGGGAAACUUGGAGAACUACGAAAGCCCUCAUCAUCCAGAAGAUACAGGUGUUUAUUAACAGUUGUCUACGUAAAAUACUUCGGAUCCGUUGGCCGGACACUAUUAGCAACAACCUACCGUGGAAGAGAACAAACCAGACUCCAAUGGAGGAAGAAAUCAAGAAGAAGCGCUGGAAGUGGAUAAGACACACAUUGAGGAAAGAAACCAACUGUGUCACGAGACAAGCCCUCACUUGGAAUCCUCAAGGCCAAAGGAGAAGAGGAAGACCAAAGAACACAUUACGCCGGGAAAUGGAGAUAGACAUGAGAAAAAUGAACAAAAACUGGACAGAACUGGAAAGAAAGGCCCAGGACAGAGUGGGUUGGAGAAUGCUGGUCGGCGGCCUAUGCUCCAUUAGGAGUAACAGGCGUAAGUAAGUAAGUAACUAUUCUUUACAAUUGACAAAAUAACAAUCUAUGAUAAUUAAAACCUUUAUACUUACUCACUUGAUUAACAUUUAAUAUAAACUGAAGUUGAAUAAAACUUUUCUAUUUACUUAUCAUAUUAAUGGCAUCAAGUUCAACGUACUGUCCUCUUAUACACAUAUUAAGUUAAACCUGAAAAUAAACUUGAAUACAAUGAAUUUUCUGACAACAGAAAUCAAUCGAUAAAAGGUCGAAUAAAAAUAUAAAAAAAUUAUCAUAUAAGAGAUUAUUAUCAGAAGGGGUUUGUGGAGAUUUUAAAAAUUUCACAGAUUGAAAUCAUGAGUCAACUGAAGCUAGACCACCAUGAAAAACCUCAAAGCACUGGACGGCCGUUUCGUCCAACUAUGGGACUCCUCAGUAUGAACCUACCAACAUAGAUCAGUCUAAUAGUCAGUCAUUUCAUAAAAUGAUACCAUAUCUCGGUCUGACCAUCUGUAGUUUUCUUCUAAUCCACUUUUACACCAGGUAACAUCAUAUAUUAGGGUAGAUGUGUUUCAAUCACCUUAUUCAACGAAAACCACUGAUAAUUCACUUUCUUUAGUGUUCGUAGACCUAGCACUAAUGUACUAAAACGAAAUAUCUAUCCAGUAUCCAAUUGUUCAUAAUAUUUAUCUAGGCAAAUUCAAUUUGUGACGUUACCUAUAUUCAAAUGAAACAACUUGCAUAAGCCUAAUGUUAUAUAUGUUAUAAAUAGGACAAACUAGUUCUUGGGACCAGAGGCAAACUCAAAUUCUCACGACACAAGGAAAAAGACCAAGACUGAUGGCAGAUGAAGAUUUUAUUUAUCCUUCAAAAAAAGAACAGGACAACAAUUCUUACUAACUAACUAGACUCAUUCUUGUAUAGAUUAUACUGACAUGUGAUAAUUAGUCACUGAAUAUAUCAUGUAGAAAGCAGAAAUAAAUAUAGCUGUGGAAUAACAUGAAUUCAUUUUAGUUCUCCAGAUUCAUAUCAUAAUACGCUUAAAUCAAGCUUAUGAGAUUUUUGAUUGAGAUCAUGAACCGAUUGAUGUUAGACCACCAUUGAAAACCUGGAAGCAAUGGACGGCCGUUUCGUCCUAGUAUGGGACUCCUCAGCAGUGCGCAUCCACGAUCCCGCUCACGAGAUUCGAACCCAGGGCCUUCACUCUUGCGCGCGAACAUUUAACCUGCUGGACCACUCAGCCGGCAUCCAAUGGUGUUAAUAUCUAACCUCAACCAAUCCACGAAGUUGCUGAACCUAUAGUGAUUAAGCGUCUGAGAUUAGAUUUGUAGAGGUUAAUUCACCUAUAUCUAACUCCAAUAAAUAAUAUCCCUUUAACUAAGUAUUUGCGCAGACCAAAUAUCCUAGUAGUAUCAUAAAUUUACUCCAGAUUAUUGAAAAGUCAAAACAUCAGUUGUAUGAAUAGUGUAUUGUUAAUAAUUGAUAAAAUCCGCAGGCAACACAGAAAGCAAGCACAAAGAGAAAUGACUAAGAGAGAGAGAGUAGAGAGCAAAGCGAACGAACCAACUCAAUUUAAUCAAAAGUGAAUCGAUAUCCCUAGUCAGACAAAAAUAAGUUACAGAUAUGUGAUAAGUAAUAUAAGAAAUGCACCCACAUAAGCCUACAUUAAAAAAGCAGUCAAAGUUGAUAAGUGAAUAAUUAACAAAGUCAAAAAUAUGACUCAAGAAGAAUGAAUAAACUGGCCUGUCCACAAGCUAGAAAAAGCUUGACAUAGCAACCGACACUACAGAUUCAUGUGUUCAAAAAGAAACAGUAAUAAAUCUGCAUUACAUCCAUUUUAUUGCAUCAUUCUUUAUUUAAACUUUCCCAAGUUUCAUUUACGUCAUUUUCAUUUCUCUUGAAUUCAUCGUUUUAAUUUUGAAUAUCCGAAUUUAACUCAUAUUAUUUCACUGGUUGAAAUCAUGAGUCAAUUGAAGCUAGACCACCAUGGAAAACCUCGAAACACUGGACGGCCGUUUCGUCCUAGUAUGGGACUCCUCAGCAGUGCGCAUCCACGAUGAGCAAUCUGUGAAAUUUCUAAAAUCUCUACAAACC